AUGGUGGAGACAGAUACAACUUAUGAUAAACGUUCACCUGGUUGGUUGGCAUUAUGUCGAUGUGCAAUGUUAUGUAAUCGUGCUGAUUUUAGACAAGAUCCUGAUAAUUUACGAAAACCUGUGUUUCAACGUGAAUGUAUUGGUGAUGCUAGUGAAGCAGCAUUAUUAAGGUGUGUUGAAUUAUCUAUGGGCAAUGUUAUAAACUUUCGCGAAGAAAAUCGUAAAAUAUUCGAAAUACCAUAUAAUUCAACUAAUAAAUAUCAACUUAGUAUACAUAUAACAAAUGAUGGUGAUGAAAGAUAUUUAUUAGUUAUGAAGGGUGUACCUGAAACAUUAUUAAAACGUUCAGUAAGAAUUUAUAAUGAUGGCUAUGACAUAGAAUUAGAUGAUUUUUGGGAAAAUAGCGUUAAACGUGCAUAUUUAGAGUUAGAGGGCUUAGGUGAACGUGUAUUAGGUUUUUGUGAUUUGCGUUUGCCAUUAAAACAAUUUCCGAGAGAUUAUAUAUUUGACAUUGAUAGUGUCAAUUUUCCAACAUCAAAUUUAAGAUUUUUAGGCUUGAUGUCUAUGAUUGAUCCACCACGUGCAGCUGUAUUUGAUGCUGUGGGUAAAUGUCGUUCAGAUGGUAUUAAAGUUAUUAUGGUUACUGGUGAUCAUCCUAAAACAGCUAAAGCUAUAGCUAAAGCUGUUGGUAUUAUAUCUGAAAAUUCAGAAAUAAUUGAAGAUAUAGCACAACAUUUACAUACAGAUAUAUCGAAUAUUGAUCCAAAUGAAGCUAAAGCUGUUGUUUUACAUGGUAAUGAUUUACAAACUAUGCCAUCCGAUGAUAUAGAUUAUAUAUUAAAACAUUAUUCUGAAAUUGUAUGUGGUCGUGCAACGCCGCAAAAAAAAUUAAUGAUAGUUGAAGGUUGUCAACGUCAAGGACAUACUGUUGCUGUUACAUGUAAUGGUGCUAGUGAUCUACCAGCAUUAAUACAAGCUGAUAUUGGUUUUGCUACGGGUAUAUCUGGAAAUAAUAUUGGUAGACAAGCAGCUGAUGUAAUAUUGUUAGAUGAUAAUUUUGCUAGUCUUGUUGCAGGUAUUACAGAAGCACGUUUAAUAUUUAAUAAUUUUGACAAAUUACGAAUUUUAAAUCUAUUCUUAUAUUCAUUAUUCUGUUUGGUAAUCAAUAUUCUUCUCAUAUUUUAUUUUAAAAAGUGAUUUUAUUUUUAUAUAAUAUUCCAUUUUUACUACUUUAAUCCAUAUUAUGAAUUGUUCGUUUGUCUAAUCGUUGCUUCAUUCGGUUCAGUUUUCUAUGGCUCGUCCACGUAACUCGAGACUUCGGUGUGCAAGUUUUUGAAAAAAUUAUUUUAGAAUUGAACUGGAAGGAGCAUAUCACUAAAUGCAGUUUUGGGCGCUGAUUACGAAUCUACAUUAUUUUUUUAAAAAGUUAAAUUUUGGCAUCGAAAGUCCAGUUUUAUAUUUUUUGAAAACUGUAUUUUCAAUUUCUUCACCUAGACACUUUUCCUAAUAAAAAUGGAAGGCCACACUAAUCGAUAGAGAAUUCGAUUCUCUACAAGAUGGUCAAAACAAGCUUUUUAAUAAAGUUUUAAGUUUUAAGAUUCUCACACAAUUCUAAGAAAGUGAAAAUAUUUUUUCAGCUUUAUUUUCACGUUAGUCUAUAUUAGAUGACGAAACCUAAGUUUGAUGCGAAAUUGAAAUUCUUUGGGCAAUGUUUAGUGCUCCAUACUUUGUUGGGAAAAACGUGUGCCACAGCGUCACGACGAUAAAACACAAUUAUUGAGGGAUGGAAAGCUCAUUGGAAAAAUUCUUUUUUACUAAUCAGUAUACACUCUAAAGAAAAGUCGUAGAUUAAAAAACUAAAACGGGUUUUUCAUUUUGCAUCUGUCACGAACGCUUUUUCAUUUUUCAAAAUGCACAAUAAACCAUCAAAAAACUAGUCAAAAACCUUUUAAGUGGAGUCAAAACCCUUUAGAAUAGAGUAAUAAACUGGAAAGGGUUUUUUAUCGAUUAUAUAUUUACAGAACAUAUAUUAAAUAACCCAGGGUUUUUGAGACAAGGGUUUAAAAAACCGAAAAGCGUUCCGUACAGUUGCAAAAAAACACAUGCAUAAAACCUCGUUACUAGUGGAAGGAGAUAUCUCUUUUUGCACAUCCAUAUCUUUCUGUUCUCUCUCGUUUCAGUCGACGCGCUGAGACGAAAAAAUGUCCGCACACGAGAUAUCUUAUGUGAAAAGAGAAGCGGUCAAAAAUUGAAUAGAAAAAGAGUGAUCUUGUUUAUAUUUUUUAUAUGCUAAUAAUGUUAGCAUUAAGCAGCGUUGCGACAGAAAACCCUCGAUAGUACACCAUCCAUUAGUGUGCAUCAAUGUGUUACGUCAAAAUAACGUGAAGGACUUGACUUUAAGCCAAAAACCUUUUAGAAACGAAAGAUAAUCAUAUUUCAAAAUGUUUAACACGUGAUACAUGUCUGUACGUUCACUUUUAAAAUAUCCCGUGCAUACCAAUAAACUCAUUUUCUGUGCGUAUUUUCAUUCACUGGCGACCUAACGAAUAGGAAAAAAACAAAUUUCAGUAAAUUCGUGAAGUCUUCUCGAUUCAGAAAUCUAAAGCAAAUAAGAAACUCGUUCUCCGUCGCAAGCGGUUUUCUGUAUAUGUGUCAACAAGCAAAUAAAGAAUUGGCAACAUAAUACGUCAAUCACUCCAUUUCAGAAUUAGAAUAAAAAACGAUGACUCACCUCCAUUUUUAAAAUGAAAUGAAAAUAAGUCUUCUAGAUUUUUACUUCGUUUUUUAAUUUCGAUGAAAAAAUUUAUCCCGUUCUUCAUUCACUUAAAUAACCCUUUCGGUUGCUUACAAAAAUGUAUGGUUUUUCAACUGUAAUAAAAAACGACAAUGAUUUUUUAAAAAUAAUGUAAAACUAACGUACUUUUUUGGACCUAUCAAAAAACUCGUUUUAUUAUAAGCUUUAUUUUCAAAAAAAAGUAAAUGGUUUUUUACGGAAAAUAAAAAACUGUGUCAAUUUUCUAUUAUCAAUUAAAAACUAGUGAUGGUUUUUUAAUAAUCUUUCUUUUUAACCAAAAAACUCUCGGCUAAAUAACUCUCGGUUUAUUACUGAACAAAAUACUAGUUUGGAUUUUUUAGUUUCAACGAAAAACUGUGAACGGUUUUUUAGCAAGUCUAAAAAAACGAUUGGCAGUUUUUUAAUCUACGACUUUUUUUUAGAGUGUAGCUCGUUUACUCUUCUACAAACCUUGCUCGAGGCGCUUUUUAUUAACCCCCCCCCCCCCCCUAAAAAAACCAACCCGGGCAUGUAAAAGUGGCCCGUGGGCAAAAAUUUAUGUGGGGGGGUGGUUUUAUAAUUGGGGGUUAUUAAGGGUU